AUGAGAAAACUUUCUAACGUAAACGUUUGCAAACAUUUUAAACACACUGUGAUCCCACAUUGCCCUCGUGAACUCCCCAUCCGAGAAACAUCCUUUAACGUGCCUCAAUACUACAAUGAUGUUCGGGACUACUACCAUCCAUACGACUACCAUGGCUCUAUCGAAUCUUGUUCAUGCAGUUCCGGUUCGGACACGUCAAGGACCACUUUUCGAGGACCUUGGUGCGUCUGUAUAGUCAUAUGCGUAAUAGUAGCGACGUUAACAGCAGGUUUAGGUUUACCUUUAGCUUUAGGUCCCCAUCUGCCUCCACAAACAACCGAAGAACGAUUGAAUUUGGUCAAGAAGCUUCUAAAAGAACAACCUUUGAUAGACGGCCAUAACGAUCUGCCCUGGAAUCUUAGAAAAUUCGUUCACAAUAAGCUUUUUAAACUUAAUCUUAGCGCUAUUAGUGAGGAGGAACCUUGGUCUACAAGCAAGUGGUCACACACGGAUAUACCAAGGCUCCGAGCAGGCUUAUUAGGCGCUCAAUUUUGGUCUGCUUACGUGCCUUGCAAAGCCCAACAUAUUGAUGCUGUCCAAGUUACAUUGGAACAGAUUGAUGUUAUUAAAAGGCUGGUAGAUUUUAAUUCGAACCAUUUUUCGUUGGUACGUUCUACUCAAGAAAUACGCAGCGUCCAUAAAGAGGGGAAAAUAGCUUCCCUGAUAGGAGUAGAAGGUGGACAUGCUUUGGGAAAUUCAUUAGCUGUACUAAGGACCUUUUAUAACCUGGGAGCCAGAUAUCUCACAAUCACCCAUUCGUGCGACACCCCUUGGGCUACGGGGACCAACACAAAGACCCAAGACGGCCUUUCGGAAUUCGGAAAAAGCGUAAUAAAAGAGAUGAACCGUCUGGGCAUGAUAGUCGAUCUCUCGCACACUUCCAUGAACACUGCCAAGGCGGCGCUCAACGUAUCCCGGGCGCCCGUUAUUUUUUCCCAUUCAAGCGCCUUCUCGUUGUGCAACUCGUCCCGAAACGUCCCGGACGAUGUACUGAAACUCAUCGCGCACAACGGCGGAGUGAUCAUGGUGAAUUUUUACACUUACCAUGUUACUUGUAAUGAAACUGCCACUAUACAAGACGUUAUUAACCAUAUUAACCACAUUCGGUCCGUUGCUGGGAUCGAACACGUUGGAAUAGGAGCAGGAUACGACGGAAUUAACAUGACACCAAGCGGUCUGGAAGACGUCUCAAAGUACCCCUACCUAUUCGCCGAACUUCUGGCCGAUCCUUCAUGGACCGAAAAAGAUGUCAUCUCUUUAGCAGGCUUGAAUUUGCUGAGAGUAUUCGAACGAGUGGAAGAAAUUAGAGACAAGUCGAAAAAACAAGAGAUUCUUCCGCUCGAGGACAACAUUCCACCUAUGCAUAAUCCCUGUUCUUCUUUGUACUCUUGA